AUGUUUCUAGUGGGGAGCCUCGUUGUCCUCUGUGGGCUGCUGGCCCAGAGCACAGCCCAGCUGGUAGGCCUGCCCUAUCCCCUGGGCCAAGGUCUUCCCAUGUCCAUGGGUCACUGCCGGUCCCUGCACGUGGGCCAGACCCUGCCCUACUAUGGAGUGACUCCAGUAGUGACUACGUAUCCUUCAGACCAUCUUGCUAGAAACUUCAGAGAUGGUUUCAGACAUGGCCUGCUGUCUGGCGGCAUUCUGAGCUUUCUGGAACACAUACCACUCUUGAACUAUGUGAGACCUACAGGAAGCAAUGCUGGUGGCCUGGUCGGGGUGCUUGGAAACGUGAUUUCAUCAAUCCCUCUCUUGAAUAACAUCCUGGACAUAAGAGUCACUAAUCCCCAACUACUGGAAAUCGGUCUUGUGCAGAGCUAUGAUUACCACCGCCUCUAUGUCACCAUCCCACUGGGCUUUGAUCUCAAAGUGAACACACUGGUGGUUGGAAAUCUGUUGGAACUGUCUGUGAAGCUGGAUGUCACUGCAGAAGUCUAUGCUGUGAGAGAUACUUAUGGGAGGAGCCGUCUGGUCAUUGGUGAUUGUAUAUACCCUCCUGGCAGCUUACGUAUCUCCUUGCUUAAUAGACUUGGUCCGCUGCAAAACCUUAUAGACAGCCUCACAGACAUCCUGACUAGAGUCAUUCCUGGCCUGGUGCAGGGCGUGGUGUGUCCUCUGGUCAAUGGGGUUCUCAGCCUCUUGGAUGUCACCCUAGCACACGAUGUUGCUGAUGCGCUGCUGCAUGGAGCACAAUUUGUCAUUAAGGCCUAA